AUGGAAAAUCCAAUCAUGAAAGAUGAAGAUGCAUCGAGUAGAAUUCGGGAGUCUUUCCGUCAAAUGUGGAGGAAGAUAUUUGUAGCAUCAUGUCUGCUUGCUGUUUUAUUGGAUCCAUUGUUUCUCUACGUUCCUAUGAUGAAGAAUGAUAUCAAGUGCCUGCUGUCUGACAGAAACUUGAAGAUCGCCGCUCUUCUUUUAAGAUCACUCACCGAUCUUUUCUAUAUAUUGGACAUUAUUUUUCAAAUUUAUACAUCUGACAAGUAUUCGCGACCCAUGAAUGUAUAUCAUGAAACGCGAAUGUACUGGCCGACCAUAAGUAUUCGGAGUAGAGAUGGUGUGCCAACAAUAGCUAAGAUAAUCUUGGGGUCAUACAGUGUCUUAAUUGACAUUUUGGCCAUUCUUCCGCUUCCACAGGUAGCAAUUCUCAUUUUCUUUUCAGAAAUGAGCGACUUGAGAUCUUUGACGAGAAUAAGGAUGGUUACCAUGAACCUUUUUGUUUUAUUGCAAUAUGUGCCACGAGCUCUUCGCAUCUACUUAUCAUGUAAGGAACUUAAAAGGACUCCUAAAAAAGACAUUGGAGAGACUGCCAAAUGGGUUAAAGGUGUCUUGAAUUUCUUUAUGUACAUCCUUUCUAGUUAUGUACUUGGUGCCAUAUGCUACUUUUUCGCUAUUCAACGUAUGGCCACUUGUUGGCAUAAUGUAUGUCGCAAAGCAAAUGGAUGUAACACCAGUACUUUUGGAUGUCAUGACCAUCACACAGAUAGAAAUAUUACAUUUCUAAAUGAUUUAUGCCCUAUAAGUCCAAUGAAUACAACGCUCUUUGAUUUUGGUAUAUAUAUUACAGUCCUUCAAUCUGGUAUAAUGGGAUCAACAAAUUAUUUUCAAAAGUUCUCAAAUUGCUUUUGGUGGGGACUGCGAAAUUUGAGUUCUCUUGGUUCAAAUCUUGAGCCUAGCGUGGAUGGAUGGGAGAACCUCUUUGCAGCGUUCAUCUCUAUAAUUGGAUUGCUUUUAUUCUUGUAUCUCAUUGGAAAUUUGCAGACAUACAUGCAGUUGGAUACUCAAAGAAUAGAGGCGCACAGACACAAUAUGAAAAUGGAACAGAAGAUGGAAGGGAAAGGUCGCGAGAUAGAGUUGUGGUUAUCUGAAAAUGGCAUCCCCAAAGAGAUGCAUAAUAUGAAGUCGAAGAUCAUGAACAAGGUACGACAAGAACUUGAAGAAAACAGGGAUGCCGAUUUGGACCAUAUCAUCACUACUCUUCCCAGUGAAAUUCAGAAGCAUAUUGAAAGUUGUACGCCUAUGGCUAGGUUGAAGCGAGUGCUAACGUUGCAAAACAUGGAUGAAGAUGUGUUGAGAAGAAUUUCUCAGCGUCUUAAGCCCAUGGAGUUUGAUGGCAAUUCUAUCAUUAUUGAAAAGGGUAAACCACUUGAAAUGAUGCUAUUCAUUGUGGAGGGAAAUGUAGGCAUUAAAAAGAGGAAUGGUUCUUCUUCUUCUAAUAAUAAUUUGCAGCAACGAACUCGAGGUGCAGGAGAAGUAUGUGGAGAAGAACUUCUACUUUCGCCAUUGUCGAUCUUAUAUCUUUGGGACAAAUUACUCUUGGCAACGGAGUCUGCUAAGGCAAUAGGUCAUGUUGAAGCCCUUGUUCUCACGGCUAGCGACUUGCGGGGAGUGGUCAAAAUGGACUAUUUCGUUGGGAUGAUUUGUAGAAUAUUUAGUGCAAACGAACUUGAGAAGGCAACAGACAACUACCAUCAAGAUAGAAUCAUUCGUAAGGGCGAGAAUCCAACCUUUUACAAAGGGGUACUGCCCAUGCCAGAUGAUGAUAAAACAGUGGUUGCGGUAAAGAAGUACGGAAAUUAUUUUGGUAAUGGAGAUGUAGCUAUUGAGGCGGCUGUUGCUUCUCAGACCAACCACAUAAAUGUGGUGAGGUUCUUAGGUGCUUGUGUGGAACCACAUCUAGAAGCACUGGUUUUUGAGUACAUUCCCAAUGGCACACUUUUUGAUCACAUUGAUAGAGCAGCACCAGCACGCAGUGGACCAGCACACAGUGUGCGUCAGAAACACAUUCAUAGAGCAGCAGCAUCAUGUUCACCGCCUGCUGUACUUUCGUUGGAGUUACGACUCAAGAUAGCGUCAGAAACAGCUGAAGCACUAGCUUGCUUACACUCACUCACUCCGCCAAUCAUACACCUACGUUUGUCGACAAAACAUAUACUAUUGGAUGAUCAUUACACCGCAAAGCUGUCUGCCAUUGACCCUCAAAACAUAUACUUACAGUCACGACCAGUUUUUCGGGGUCCCGCCGAAUACUUUGACCCUCAUUUUGAAGAAGACAGACUAGCAGAAAAGAGUGACGUCUAUAGUUUUGGAGUUGUCCUAGCGGAGCUACUAACAAGUCAAAAGCCAGCUUCUCCUAACCGCGUAAGGGAAGAGCCACCCCUGGCAACCUGUAUUCUAUCCUCAAUGGAAAAGGGUCGCUUGAAUCAAAUUCUGGAUGGUAAAAUAAUACUCAACGAAGCAACUUCUGAGACGGCCAAAAAGGUGGCGGAUCUGGCGAAAAGAUGUUUAAGGUCAAAAAGGGAGGAAAGGCCUUCCAUGGAGCAAGUAGCCGUGGAGCUUGAGGGAUUGCGCAAAUUUAUGGCAGAGUACCAAAAGGGAGAACCCAGUUUCUCAAACAGGCCAACCUCUUUGCAACCGACUUCUAUGCCUCUUAUCCCCAUUCUUGUCCCCUUCAACAUCGUCAAUAGGACUCCUACUGUAAUCAGAUCUGCGAUCCUGUGGGGAGGGGCUUCUGCUUUUUCCCCGCUCUCCGGUGAUCUGGAAUCGACUGCACAUUAA